GAGGAAAGAACCAAGGAUGACAAUAUUGAUUAAUCGCCCCAAUUGGGGAGAGUGACACGCGGAACGGCGCGUUUCGUAUUCAAUUCAUUUUCCCCCACACUCAACAGAGUUUCAUGGCGUGUAAAGCUGCAUAGAUACUAUCGUGUACGGUAUUCAAUGCAGUCUUUGUAUGGUCCUACCCAGCAAGGUCAGAGCAUCGCAUCAACAUGCCGACCAUAAGAAGAGUCCAGCCAUCGGACUUGUUACAUCUCAAUUUAUGCAAUCUCGACCCUUACACGGAAAAUUAUGACCUGAAUUUUUAUCUCACAUAUUUAAUGAGAUGGCCGUCACUGUUUCAGUGCAUUGAAGAACAUGGCCAAAUCGUCGGAUACAUUAUCGGCAAAGUCGAAAACUCCCCAGCACAUUUGCAAGGAACACCGCACUACUUGCCAUGGCACGGCCAUAUCACGGCCUUGUCAAUAGCGCCACAGUAUCGACGACUCGGCUACGGCAAGCUCUUGAGUGAAUCGCUGGAAACGGCAUGCAAUCAGCAAAAUGCAUGGUUUGUGGAUUUGUUCGUCAGACGAAGCAACCGGAACGCCAUCAAGAUGUACGAAAGUAUGGGCUACUCAACGUAUCGAACAGUGGUGAAGUACUAUUCGGAUGAUCCGACAGGGCUUUCGAAGGGUGGAGAAGAUGCGCUGGACAUGAGGAAACCACUCGACAGAGAUAAGGACCACCAACAUGUCCGGGAGAAUGGCGAGAGUUUCAAGGUCGAGCCAGAUGAUGUUUUCUAGGUGAUGAACAGGCUGGACAACGACUUGAUGAAUGAACUCGAGUCCGAUCAUCUCACACCCGACGAGAAAGCAGACCUGGAGGAUAGCUUGAUCGGCAUGACAUUUGAUGGUCAUGAAUAACUAGUGGUUGUCUUCUGAGCAUCA